CCUCCAUAUCCACAUCCACCACUGAACUUUUCUGUAUGUGCGCGCCCGCCCCUCAACAACUGUUCUUUUAGCCUUUUGCCCCUCCGACACCGACAACCCGGCACCUUUUAUUUCUUCGAACCACGCCUGAUCGGAACUUCUGCUGUCGCUUGAAAGAGAAUCAUACCCUUGAGCUGAAGAAACACCAAAAACCUCGCCCAUCAUGCAGGCUCCGGUGGUGGUUAUGAACACCAACAGUGGUGAGAGGCAGACUGGCCGGAAAGCCCAGCUGUCCAAUAUUGCUGCUGCCAAAACUGUUGCCGACAUCAUUCGAUCAUGCCUCGGCCCCAAGGCCAUGCUAAAGAUGCUGCUCGACCCCAUGGGCGGUAUCGUUCUCACAAAUGACGGACAUGCUAUCCUCCGAGAAAUUGAGGUCUCCCACCCUGCCGCGAAGAGCAUGAUUGAGCUCAGCCGGACACAAGAUGAGGAAGUUGGAGAUGGAACCACAACCGUCAUUAUUCUGGCCGGUGAGAUUCUUGCCCAAGCUCUUCCCCAGCUCGACCGUAACAUCCACCCUGUCGUCAUCAUUUCCGCCUUCAAGCGAGCCCUCAAAGAUGCCCUUGAGAUCAUCGAAGAGAUCUCUCUGCCGAUCGAUGUCAACGAUGACAAGGCCAUGUACCAGCUCAUCUCUUCUUCAAUUGGCACCAAGUUCGUUUCUCGAUGGAUGGAUCAGAUGUGCGACCUCGCCCUCAAGGCUGUCCGCACUGUGACAUGGGAGGCUGGUAACGGCAAGACUGAAGUCGACAUCAAGCGAUAUGCCAGAGUGGAAAAGGUACCUGGCGGUGAGAUCGAGGACAGCAGAGUUCUUGACGGUCUUAUGCUCAACAAGGAUAUCACACAUCCCAAGAUGCGCCGGCGCAUUGAGAACCCCCGAAUCGUUCUCCUCGACUGCCCCCUUGAGUACAAGAAGGGCGAGUCUCAAACCAACAUCGAGAUUACCAAGGAGGAUGACUGGAACCGAAUUCUGCAGAUUGAGGAGGAGCAGGUCAAGGCUUUGUGCGAGGCUAUUGUCGCUGUCAAGCCUGAUCUUGUCAUUACGGAGAAGGGAGUGUCUGAUCUUGCCCAGCACUACUUCAUGAAGGCCAAUAUUACAGCUCUUCGCCGAGUUCGAAAGACCGAUAACAACAGAAUAGCCCGCGCUACCGGUGCCACCAUCGUCAACAGAGUAGAGGAUCUCCAGGACUCCGAUGUCGGUACCAGAUGUGGCUUGUUCGAGAUUGAGAAGAUCGGAGACGAGUACUUCACAUUCCUUACCAAGUGCCAGGACCCUAAGGCCUGCACAGUCCUUCUCCGAGGUCCCUCCAAGGAUGUCCUCAACGAGAUCGAGCGAAACCUCCAGGAUGCCAUGGGUGUCGCACGAAAUGUUAUGUUCUCUCCUCGGUUAUCGCCUGGAGGUGGUGCUACGGAGAUGGCCGUAUCCGUGAGAUUGGGGCAACUCGCCAAGAGCAUUGAGGGUGUCCAGCAGUGGCCCUACAAGGCUGUAGCAGAUGCUCUUGAGGUUAUUCCUCGUACUCUCGUUCAGAAUGCUGGUAAGAGCCCUGUCCGUGUGUUGACAGAUCUCCGAGCCAAGCAGGCCGAGGGUAAGAGCACCUGGGGUGUCAAUGGUGAUACAGGUGCCAUUGCAGAUAUGAAAGAGUACGGAGUGUGGGAGCCUCAGGCUAUUAAGCUCCAGAGUAUCAAGACCGCCAUUGAGGCUGCUUGCCUUUUGCUCCGAGUUGAUGACAUUUGCAGUGCCAAGAAGGCUGCGCAGAUUGGUGGCGGCGGGGGUGGUGAAGAAUAAAGAGAAACAGCAUGUUUGUAGAUGACAAUUCUGAUGUGUCUGUAUGUGAGUGAGCGAUAGUGGGAUAGGCAGGCGUGUAUUUCGGACUGCUUAUACGAAUGUCUGUUUGGAUGGACUGGUCAUACCCCUCUGUACUAGCCGAAAGAGCAAAAUAGACAAACAAGGAAAAUAUGAACAUAGUGGGCGCCGGAGCGAGCAUGAUAUAGCUCCGGUGACUCUUCUCAAAGGAAAGAAAUGGGUAUCAUAUAAAAUUACCUGUUUGAGGAAUACUGUUGUGUCUACUUACGACGCCCUUGCGAGCCAUUCUCCUCCUAUGAUCUAGGUCUCAAGUCUGAUUCCGAUAAAGCGUCCUUCUCGCCCCUGCCACUUCGGCGCAACAGGGCGCGACUUCUUCAGCUGCUGGCCUUUUGCAUUCCUUUUUGUUUAGUCAUCUUCGUCGUGAAUGACUAGUCCUGUAGGCUGUAUCGAUGGCGUUGAUUCCGUAUCGUUCCCACGAUGCCCAGUCUUGGUCUUAGAAUCAACAUCAGCAGUGUCCUUCUCAGCAUCGUUUUCCGCGAGUGAGGAAGCAUCUUUGGACUGUGUCGCGUUGGGCGUCUUGUCACUCGUGGCAGGGCCCUUGCCCUUCUUAGACUUGCGGGCCUUCAUCUUCUCCCUCUUUUCGCGAUUCUUGCGCGUGCGUUCUUCGUCUUUUCGAUCGCGUUCAGUCUUGUCCUUGUUAAACUCUUCAAUAUCCUUUUCGCGGCGGAGAUCCUCAUCCAUACUGCGAAGACGCUCAUACUCGCGCCGACGGCUUGCUUUAUACACAUGAAACUCGCCUGAUCCGGCACCUGCACUAGAUCCUUGAACAUUGGUGACAAUUUCAGGAGGGGCGGAACGCAAGGCGGAACUGCCGGAGCCGGAGGUAGAGGACUCGGGGAUACGGAUGAUUUGGUCGGGCUUUGAGAAGAGAGCCUCUACCGAGGCGGCUUGCGCUGAGACGGGCGUAAGAGCACGCUUCUUGGUAGGGCGAUGGGAUCGGGGAUCGGCCGACGUUGGUACCGAUUCGGGACCAGGAGCAGACAUUUUGGAAAGAAAGAGUAAUGUUGGUUAUCCGAUGCCUGAUCUAAGGUAAGAUGAAAAUGGGCUGAGGCACGCGUGAGAAUGAGACGUCGACGGCCGCGGUAGAUAGCCUGAAUAGGCAGAGGAUCGUCGGGUGAAUUGAAGUCCGUUGAAUGAUCGAUUGAUUGAGGCAAGAACCUCUGAAUGGGAGCGGUCAGAUGUUUGGCACGUGAAGAGAGCAAUGGCCGGCAGAUGCUAGAUGGUUGUGUUGGUUUAUUUGAUGGGUAGGAUAAAUCAAAGAUAGUGGAUGCUAGCUAGGAUCUGAUGAGAGUGGCGUUGAUUUGAGUACAUACAAGGCCAUCGGGGAGCAAGAAAAUAUCAGAUCUUAACAUAGGGGGACAAAAUAGUCUCAGCAAAGGGUAUCCUAAGCCUAUAGUAACUUACCUGAAUCCUU